AUGGCCGACUCAAAGUCCAAGUCUCAUAUAACCUCACUGAGCGCAGCGCCGUCGAAUCACGGAGAGCACACUGUAAUCACGACCGAUAAUCAAAAGUCACCCAGUUCACCUUCAUGGCGCCGUUGGGCAGGUUUCUUUUGGGACACUCUCGAUGGAGACCCCAGGGAACGUAGAUACAUGCACAAACUCGAUAGCUACUUGUUCUCGUACAUUUGCCUAGGUUAUUUCAUCAAGUAUCUGGAUCAGACAAAUUACAGCAAUGCUUUUGUGAGCGGGAUGCAACAGGAUCUCUCAUUAUACGGCAAUGAGCGAAACCUGCUCAAUACGUUCUUCAACAUCGGCAUCAUCAUUGGAACCAUACCCUCUCAAAUGAUUCAACUUCGGUUCAUCCGGCCGUCAAUCUGGAUUCCAACUUGCGAGAUUCUGUGGUCCAUUUUGGUCAUGAUCAUGGCCGCGACAAGAAACAUUCAGACCAUGUAUGCUCUGCGAUUCCUCGUAGGACUCCUGGAAGCAUGCGCAUUCCCAGGAUAUGCGGCCUUGCUUGGCGGGUGGUAUGGUCCAAAACAAUUGUCAAAGAGGAUGGCCAUUUUCGAGCAGACGAGUGCCAUUGCGAGCAUGUUUAGUGGCUAUCUGCAGGCUGCACUCUAUUCAGGCAUGAACGGCAAAUUGGGUCUUGCAGGAUGGAGAUGGCUUUUCAUAUUUGAUGGAAUCAUCUCACUCCCUAUUGCAGCCUGGGGUCUGUGGGCAAUACCAGACUUGCCACACACGACACGAGCUUUCUAUUGGACAAGCGAGGAUAAGGAAUACGGUGUUAAAAGAAUCGAGGCAUUGGGUCAGAGACCUCCUCAACGCCUCAGCCUCAACGUAAUCAAAAAGGUGUAUACGAACUGGCGCCUUUGGGCUUUUAUCCUUCCCUAUACCAUGGUUGCGCAAGCUGGAAGCGGCACAAACUACUUUAAUCUCUGGCUCAAGGCCAUCGGGUAUAGCAUCGUAGAUACCAACGUCCUACCCACUGCAGGUAGCGCACUCAGUAUCGUCUCUGCAUUCAUAUUUGGCAUGAUUGCAGACGCCACCGGGAAGCGCCUCCCCACCAUCAUUGCCGUGGAGAGCGUCGUGAUGCUCGCCAAUAUUUUGCUUUCCGUUUGGUACCUGCCAAAAGGAGUGAUUCUCUUUGCCAACUACCUGGCCUAUAUGGGCGCAGCCGCACAGCCCAUUGUUAUAGCCUGGGGAAAUGAGCUCAAUCGGGCGGAUCCAAACCUCAAGCAACUGCUUGUUGCGACGGGCAAUAUUUUCACCUAUUGUUUCUCGUCCUGGCUUCCAUUGGCAUUAUUCCCUACCAAUGAUGCUCCCAAGUAUGCAUACGGAUACCAAGUACUGAUCCUGUUCGGCGGUUUGGCCGUUGUGGGAUGCAAAUUGCUGCAGUCGUUGCACCAACGGUACGACGGCACUGACCCAGCUUUGGUGAUCGGUGACUCUGAGCCUCGAGAUGAAGAGAUUGCUACGACAAGGUGA